AUGGAGGUGCAUGAUGGUACUUGGGGAGGUGACUUGGGAGGUGUAGGGGAAGUGCAGGAGGGCAUGACAGAUGCUAUCCGCGAAGCUUUCCUUUUACAACUCAAAACACUUCAUGCAUCUUGGAUGGAAAGACAGAAAAUGCUGAAGGACAACAAAAAUCCUCGCUCUCUAUUUUCCAAAAGGUGGCAGCGGAAAAAUACCCUGUUCCAUCGUCGAAGGGAGGUCAUCAUCACCUUCCACUUGCUUGAGUCCUUCCUCUCGUUCUUCGAUGAGCUAGGCGUCGCAGGAAUGUCCUCUGAUGAUGAGGAUCCUGGCAUGAAGAAACCGCAAGUGCAAUACAUCAUCAAGGGGCCAAAAUGGUUGUUGGACUACUGCCAUCUUGAAGGUCGAUGCACCACUGAAGCAACCAGAUUCGGAUAUACACGAGGGGCUCCUCCCCGAAUCCGCAUUGAUAGAAACGAUCGAAGUUCGAAGACGAAAUACGUCUCUGGCCUACCUGCAAACUUUUAUGAUGCUCAAUGGCUCGAAGAACAAGAAGCUGGAUGGGCUAAGGGCGGAAAUGGUUUUGUUAAUGAAUUCGUUCAUCCUCAAAAGCCCAUCAAACUCAUUUUUCCUGCGGACCUUUUGAAAACAUUGAAGGAGCGAGGAUACCCCAGGGCGCAAGAUCCAGAGUAA